AAACUCCUUUUAUAUAAUACCAAAAUCUAACCCCUCUUUCAUAGAAUCCAAUUCCAUUCCAUAAAAACCUAUUUAAAUAGAAGUACUACUACCUUUUGUGAUUUGUCAAAAACCAUUCUAAAGUCAUCAUCACUAAGCCUUUUUUUUGUUUCUUAAUCUGAAUCUUGCCUCAAGUAUAACCAAAAGCCAUAAACUUGUCAUAAGCAGAUGCAGAAAGCAACCAUCAUUCCACACUGGUUUUACCAAAUCACUCAAAGAAAUCAAUAAAAUAAGAGAGAUUGAUUUUCAUGUUACUGAAGAUUACUGAAAAAUGGGGCGCUUCAGAUAAGAUUGUCUCCGUCGUCGCCAUACUUGCCGCUGAUACCUUUGCGUGAUUGCAUCUUCUAUCUCAAUUGUUGAAUCUCGCUGUCAUCUUUGAUCGGUGAUGUCUUCUCCCCCUUUGCACAUUUUCUCAUUUUAGGAUUCUUUUAUGCCUGGAUACAUAUAUGUUUUGAAUUCAAUGCCAAGAACAAAGUAUAAAACAAGGGAUGAAUAAAGAACAAGGAAGAAGAAGAACACAAGAAUUGGUUAUAACUGUUAUUCUUUUACUUUCUUUUAGAAAACAAGAUGACAAGUUUACAAGAAUAACAAAUAACCUCCCUCACCCUAAAUCAGGAUUUGCUGUGUUGCAAUGAUCGAAGACUAGUAUGUUAUUUAUAAUAAAACCUAACAUACUUGUUAGAACAAGAUUUGUUCUGAUCAAUAUUCUUAGUUUUGAUGAUAACAAGGAUAUGAAUUUUGUGUGAGAUAAUGUGGUACUCUAAUACAUUGCAAUUUCCCUUUCAGGAAAUAUAUAUAGAGUAUGCACAAAUCAGCGCUCAGAAGCUUUGUCUCAGAAGGUUCGGCAUGCAACAUCAGAACAUGGUCUGGCAAGACAUCAGAAGAUGGUCAAGGCAGAAUCAGAACAUGGGUCUAUGGAAGCAUCAGAAGAACUUGAGAUCAGAAGCAGAAGCACUGAAGUUCUCAUGGUAUCACGCUCAGAAGCUCUUCAAGGUCAGAAGACAAGAAGAUGUUAUGCACCAAGCUGUUUGACUCUGAUGAUAUUCAAAUAUAAUAUUCAAACAUCAGAUCAGAAGAAAGUACAAGUGGCAGGCUACGCUGACUGACAAAAGGAACGUUGAAAGCUAUUGAAGGCAACGUCAGUAGACACAUCGUGAACAAGGCUCGAGGUAGUUGACAAAAGCGUGAAACAUUAAAUGCAAUGCUGUACGGAACACGCAAAGCAUUAAAUGCAUCCAACGGUCAUCUUCUCAAACGCCUAUAAGUAUGAAAUUCUGAUGAGAAGCAAGGUUAACAACGUUGAACAAAAUUAUUCUGAAAGACUUGCUGAAACGCUUCUCAAAUCAAAGCUCAGAAUCUUCAUCUUCAUCAAAGCUCACCACAUUGCUGGUGUAAUAUAUUAGUGAGAUUAAGCUUAAACGUUAAGAGAAAUAUCACAGUAGUGAUUAUAGCUUUUCAGAAGCAUUUGUAAUACUCUUAAUAGAUUACAUUAAGUUGUAAGGAACUAGAAUGAUCGUGUUGAUCAGAAUACUCUAGGAAGACUUAGAGGUUAUCUAAGCAGUUGUAACUAGAGUGAUCGUGUUGAUCAGGAAACUCUAGAAAGUCUUAGAGGGUAUCUAAGCAGUUGUUCCUGGAGUGAUCAAGUUGUGAUCAGAAUACUCUGGAAGACUUAGUUGCGGACUAAGUGGAAAACCAUUGUAAUCCGUGCGAUUAGUGGAUUAAAUCCUCAUGUGAGGUAAAUCACUCCGUGGGGGUGGACUGGAGUAGUUUAGUUAACAACAAACCAGGAUAAAAAUAACUGUGCAAUUUAUUUUUAUCGUCCAAGUUUUUAAACUACACUUAUUCAAACCCCCCCUUUCUAAGUGUUUUUCUAUCCUUCAAUUGGUAUCAGAGCGCCGGUUCUAAGGUGCAAGCACUUAACCGGGUUUAGAAAAGAUUCAGGAAGAGAAAAACGCUUCAGUAAAAGAUGGCUGGUGAAAUUCCAACAAAUCCACCUGCAUCUACAUCUGGCUCUGCUGAGCAAUACAACGGUAACAAUGGUUUACUAGACCACCAGUAUUUGAUGGUGAAACUUUGAAUACUGGAAAGAUAAACUGGAAAGUUACUUUCUUGGUCUGGAUGCUGAUCUAUGGGAUCUUCUGAUAGAUGGUUACAAACAUCCAGUAAAUGCUAGUGGCGUAAAGCUUACAAGGCAAGAAAUGGAUGAUGAUCAAAAGAAGCUUUUCAAGAAUCAUCAUAAAUGUAGGACUGUUUUGCUGAAUGCUAUCUCUCAUGCUGAGUAUGAGAAGAUAUCUAACAGGGAAACUACCUAUGAUAUAUAUGAGUCUCUGAAAAUGACUCAUGAAGGAAAUGCUCAAGUCAAGGAGACCAAAGCUCUUGCUCUAAUCCAGAAGUAUGAAGCCUUCAAGAUGGAGGAUGAUGAAGACAUUGAAAAGAUGUUUUCAAGAUUUCAAACUCUGACUGCUGGAUUGAGAGUUCUGGAUAAAGGCUACACCAAGGCUGACCAUGUAAAGAAGAUUAUCAGAAGCUUACCCAGAAGAUGGGGUCCAAUGGUGACUGCAUUCAAGAUUGCGAAGAAUCUGAAUGAAGUUUCUUUGGAAGAGCUGAUCAGUGCCCUGAGGAGUCAUGAGAUUGAACUUGAUGCAAAUGAGCCUCAGAAGAAAGGUAAGUCUAUUGCAUUAAAAUCAAAUAUCAAAAAAUGCACUAACGCUUUUCAGGCUAGAGAAGAAGAUCCUGAAGAAUCAGAAUCUGAAGAAGAAGAUGAACUGUCCAUGAUCUCCAGAAGGGUAAACCAAGUCUGGAAGAGCAAGCAAAGGAAGUUCAGAGGCUUCAGAAGUUCAAAGAGAUUUGAACGUGGAGAAUCUUCUGAUGACAGAAGAUUUGACAAGAAGAAGGUCAUGUGCUAUGAAUGCAAUGAGCCUGGACAGUACAAGAAUGAAUGUCCAAAACUUCAGAAGGAAAAUCCCAAGAAGAAGUUUCAUAAGAAGAAAAGUCUUAUGGCAACCUGGGAUGAGUCAGAAGAUGAAUCAGACUCGGAAGAUGAGCAGGCAAACUUUGCACUGAUGGCGACAGAAGAUGAUGGAUCAGAAUCUACAUCAGAAUCAGAUUCUGAAGAGGUAUUUUCUGAACUAUCUAGAAAAGAGUUAGUUUCCAGUUUAGCAGAACUUCUGGAACUCAAAGCUCAUCUUAGUAUCAAAUACAAAAAGCUGAAGAAGCAAUUUGAAUUUGAAACUGAGAAGCUGGAAUUGGAAAAUUCUGAACUGAAGGAAAAAGUUUUAAAUCUAUCCAAAAAUAGUGGAUCUCCUUCUGAAACAGAAAAAGCCAUUCCUAGCAUGAAUCAUAUUCGGAAAGAAUAUGACUUGAGCUUCAGAAAAUUUCUAUAUAGAAGUAUUGGCAGAAGUCAGCUAGCUUCUAUGAUAUAUGCUGUGUCUGGAAACAAUAGAGUAGACAUUGGUUAUGAGGGUGAAAUUCCAUACAAGCUUGAAUCUGUGGCGAAUAUGAAAAUAUCAUACAAGCCUUUGUAUAACCAAUUCAAAUUUGGCCACUCUCAUGAUAUUAGGCUCACAUCACAUGCACAAAGUUUUCACUUAACACACACCAAGAAGCAUGUGACACAAUCUAAGAAAUAUCAUGGAACUCAGAAUAAGAAGUAUCAUACUGUUCCUCCUGUUAAAUAUUUUGCCAAACCCAAGUUCAAUCAGAACUUGAGGAGAACUAACAAGAAAGGACCCAAGAAAAUGUGGGUACCUAAGGAGAAGAUAAUUUCUGUUGCAGAUAUCCUUGGCGGCAAAGAGGACAGAAAGCAAAAUGUCAUGGUACCUGGACUCUGGGUGCUCGCGACACAUGACGGGAAGAAGGUCUACAUUCCAAGACCUGGUGCUUAAACCAGGUGGAGAAGUCAAGUUUGGAGGAGAUCAGAAGGGCAAAAUCAUUGGCUCUGGAACCAUAAGUCUUGGUAACUCUCCUUCCAUAACUAAUGUACUUCUUGUUGAAGGAUUAAAGCAUAGCUUAUUGUCCAUAAGUCAAUUAAGUGACAAUGGUUAUGAUAUAAUCUUCAAUCAAAAGUCUUGCAAGGCUGUAAGUCAGAAGGAUGGCUCAAUCCUAUUUACAGGCAAGAGAAAGAACAACGUUUAUAAGACAGAUCUUCAAGAUCUUAAGAAUCAGAAGGUGACUUGUCUUAUGUCUGUUUCUGAAGAGCAAUGGGUCUGGCACAGAAGAUUAGGACAUGCUAGUUUGAGAAAGAUUUCUCAGAUUAACAAACUAAAUCUGGUCAGAGGACUCCCAAAUCUGAAAUACAAAUCAGAUGCUCUUUGUGAAGCAUGUCAGAAGGGCAAGUUCUCCAGACUUGCAUUCAAGUCUAAGAAUGUUGUUUCUUCCUUAAGGCCGUUAGAACUCUUGCACAUUGAUCUGUUUGGCCCAGUCAAAACAGCAUCUAUUAGAGGGAAGAAAUAUGGAUUAGUCAUCGUUGAUGAUUAUAGCCGCUGGACAUGGGUAAAGUUCUUGAAACACAAAGAUGAGUCACAUUCAGUAUUCUUUGAAUUCUGCACUCAGAUUCAAUCUGAGAAAGAGUGUAAAAUCAUAAAGGUCAGAAGUGAUCAUGGUGGCGAAUUUGAGAACUGAUUCUUUGAGGAAUUCUUCAAAGAAAAUGGUAUUGCCCAUGAUUUCUCUUGCCCUAGAAUGGAGUUGUAGAGCGAAAGAAUAGGACUCUACAAGAAAUGGCCAGAACCAUGAUAAAUGAAACCAAUAUGGCUAAGCAUUUCUGGGCAGAAGCAAUUAACACUGCAUGCUAUAUUCAGAAUAGAAUCUCUAUCAGACCUAUUCUAAAUAAGACUCCUUAUGAAUUGUGGAAGAACAGAAAGCCCAACAUUUCAUAUUUUCAUCCUUUUGGAUGUGUAUGUUUUAUUCUGAAUACUAAAGAUCAUCUUGGUAAGUUUGAUUCUAAAGCACAAAAGUGUUUCCUUCUUGGAUAUUCUGAACGCUCAAAAGGCUACAGAGUAUACAAUACUGAAACAUUGGUUGUAGAAGAAUCAAUCAAUAUCAGGUUUGAUGAUAAGCUUGGUCUUGAAAAACCAAAGCAGUUUGAGAAUUUUGCAGAUUUUGAUAUUGAUAUAUCAGAAGCAGUAGAACCAAGAAGCAAUGCUGCAGAAGCUGGCAGUCUCAGAAGCAAUGGAUCAGAAGAUCAAGUUGCUGCAUCUUUAGAGAAUCUUAGGAUUUCUGAAGAACCAACUAUCAGAAGAUCACCUAGACUUGCCUCAGCUCAUUCAGAAGAUGUGAUCCUUGGAAAGAAAGAUGAUCCCAUCAGAACAAGGGCAUUCCUUAAGAACAAUGCAGAAUGUCAAUUAGGUCUUGUUUCUUUGAUCGAGCCAACUUCUGUUGAUCAAGCUCUAGAAGAUCCAGACUGGAUAAUUGCCAUGCAAGAAGAACUAAAUCAGUUUACAAGGAAUGAUGUAUGGGACUUGGUUCCUAGACCAAAAGGAUUUAACAUCAUCGGUACUAAGUGGGUUUUCAGAAACAAGCUAAGUGAGAAAGGUGAAGUUGUAAGAAACAAAUCCAGACUGGUUGCUCAGGGUUAUAGUCAGCAAGAAGGGAUUGAUUAUACAUAAACCUUUGCACCAGUGGCCAGGUUAGAAUCUAUUCGUCUAUUAAUUUCUUUUGCCACUCAACACAACAUCACUCUUUAUCAGAUGGAUGUCAAGAGUGCCUUCUUAAAUGGUUAUAUAGAUGAAGAAGUUUAUGUUCACCAACCUCCUGGUUUUGAAGACUCUAAGUCUCCAAAUCAUGUUUUUAAAUUAAAGAAAUCAUUAUACGGAUUGAAGCAAGCUCCCAGAGCUUGGUAUGAACGUUUGAGUUCUUUCCUUCUGGAAAAUGGUUUCACUAGAGGAAAAGUGGACACUACUCUCUUUUGUAAAACAUUUAAAAAGGAUAUUUUAAUUUGUCAAAUAUAUGUUGAUGAUAUUAUCUUUGGAACAUCUAAUGCUACACUUGGAAAGGAGUUUGCUGAGUCUAUGCAGGCUGAAUUUGAAAUGAGCAUGAUGGGAGAACUCAAGUAUUUCCUUGGGAUUCAAAUCAACCAAACUUCCGAUGGAACCUAUGUUCAUCAAACGAAGUAUGUGAAAGAACUUCUGAAGAAGUUAAAUCUUUCUGAAAGCAAAGAAGCCAAAACUCCUAUGCAUCCAACUUGUGUACUGGGUAAGGAUGAGAAGAUCCAAAGAUUACAACUUAGUAGGAUUCUGUGAUGCUGACUAUGCUGGAGAUAGAAUUGAAAGGAAAAGUACUUCUGGAAGGUUUCAAUUUCUUGGAAGUCAUCUGAAAUGCGACACUAACAAUGCACGUGCAUCUGGUACCCAGGGCUUUAGCCCCCAUUGCUAAUUGCCAAUUUAUAGAGGCAUCAAACAGGCAUAAGCCUUCGUCACUGUUUGUCAAUCCAUGCCGUCACUAAAAUCCAAAUGUAUCGGACUCAAUGAAUGCAACAUCACAUACACAAUCACAACAAACUCGUCAUGAGGCAUACGCCUAUAUCACCUUCAUUACCAAUAAAUAGAGGUAAUCAAUCGUCACAAUAAUUCCUACACUUCUCAAUAUUAACAGAAUAAUAGCAUCACAUGGUCACUAGCCAUAGGCCUACAAAUUUGUAUCAACACAUCACAACAACAAAUUAACGACAACGAAUCAAGAACAACAACAAAUCAACAACAAUUACAAAUCAUCACAAAUGAUACAACGACAAAUAACGCUGGCUAUAAAGCCUAUAAAACUAUCUUGCCAUUAAACGGGGGCAAUUCAUCCAACUCACAUCACCUGCAAUUUCACAUAAUUUGACAAAUAUUCACACAUAAAAUUCAACCAAAAUGACCUACACGCGUUCUGUGAUUAUUCGAACAAUUUUCAUCCCAAACCGGUUUAUUCGUUUAUCGGAGAAAGUUAAUAAUAUCCUAUGUGGUUUUGUUUUCAUCACUUCUUUAUUACUGCUACUAAUUCCCUGUCAUUAACAAUUGCUUAUGCUACCAAAAUCUGGUAUUUAUCAUUAUCCUAAUGUCACAAUAAUUCUGCUUCUAAACAAUUUGUUUUUCUAUCAAAAUUCCACA